UAAGAAUGAGCUUGAAAUACUACACUCCAUUCUCUGCAUCUAAACUCUUUCUCUCUCUCAAGUUCUUUUAUGUUCAUUUUACAACAAAACCCAAUCUUUCCACGUUAUAAGCUCUCAUUUUUCCAGUUUUAGUUGAUCCUCAUCAUUGUGUUUUCUGUGUGCAUUAUAGCUACUCUCUUGCAACUCCCCAUGGAAACCAAAACUGAUCAGCAGCUUCACAUUUUCUUCCUUCCCUACAUGGCUCAAGGUCACACUUUACCCCUUAUAGACAUAGCCAAACUAUUUGCUUCACGUGGUGUAAAAUCCACCUUAAUAACCACCCCUGUCAAUGCACCACUUUUCUCCAAAGCAAUCCAAACUAGCAAAAGUUUGGGUUUUAAAAUUGAACUUCUUGUCAUCAAAUUCCCAUCAACUGAAGUCGGGUUGCCUGAAGGAAUUGAAAGGACAAACUUGCGUAAAAACCAAGAGCAGGUGGAAAAGUACUUCAAAGCCAUCAUUCUGUUUCAGCAACAGGUUGAGCCGAUUUUAGACCAACAUCGUCCUCACUGUCUUGUUGCAGACGCUAUGUUUCCUUGGGCUACAGAUGUUGCUGCCAAGUUUGGGAUUCCAAGGAUCAUCUUUCAUGGAGCUGGUUUUUUUCCCUUGUGUGCUUCAACUAGUGUGAUGCGGUACAAACCUCAGACGGCGGUUUCAUCUGAUUCAGAAUCUUUUGUUAUUCCUGGUCUUCCAGAUGAGAUCAAGAUGACAAAAAACAAACUAGCUCCUUUUCUUAUUCUAGAGGGUGAGUCAGAACUCAUCAAAUUGGUCAAAGCAUCCAUAGAGGCUGAUGAAACAAGCUAUGGGAUUAUAGUUAACAGCUUCUAUGAACUUGAACCAGAUUAUGCAGAUCAUUAUAGGAAGGUGUUUGGCAGGAAAGCAUGGCAUAUCGGCCCUGCUUCUUUAUGCGAGACAGAAAAAGAUAAAGUAGAGAGGGGAAGGGAAGGCUCGGUUGAUGAAGUACAUGACUGCUUGAACUGGCUUAAUUCUAAGAAACCCAAUUCAGUUGUUUAUAUAUGUUUUGGAAGCCUCACCAAUUUCAGUGAUUGUCAGCUCUUAGAAAUCGCCUUGGCUCUUGAGGCUUCUCGACAGCAAUUCAUUUGGGUUGUGAAGAAAGAAAAGAAUGAUAAAGAAGAGUGGUUGCCCGAAGGAUUUGAGCAGAGAGUGGAGGGAAAGGGACUGAUUAUAAGAGGUUGGGCUCCCCAACUACUGAUUCUUCAACAUGAAGCAGUUGGGGCCUUUGUCACUCAUUGUGGGUGGAACUCAAUCCUUGAAGGGGUGUCUUCUGGGGUUCCAAUGAUCACCUGGCCAGUGUCUGCAGACCAGUUUUUCAAUGAGAAGUUGGUGACUCAGAUACUUGGCAUUGGGAUUGCCAUUGGUGCUCAAAAGUGGGAGGAUGAUAGUGUGCAGAGAGAAGCCAAUGUGAAGAGGGAGGCUAUAGAGAAGGCUGUGACUGAAUUCAUGGUCGGUCAUGAAAAAGAGAAAAUGAGGAGCAAAGUUCUUGAGCUCAGAGAGCUCGCAAGGAGGGCAGUUGAAGAUGGUGGUUCAUCGUUCUCUGAUUUAACUGCUCUAAUUGAAAAGUUGAAGUCUCUCGGGUCUUGAUUUAACUGCUCUUGAAGCAACAAAAAUGCCAACAAUUUCUGCUUUGAGAAGGAAAAGUUUCAUUCAC